AUGCGAACCGUCCCCUCCGAUUUCGCCGUCCACAGCAUGCACUGCUACUUCGUGCUAGCCGGUGACUCACAGAUCCCCAUUUUAUAUCACGUCGAACGAGUGCGCGACGGCCGGAGCUUUAUCACGCGGACGGUGCAGGCGAGACAGCGGGGCCGGCCCAUCUUCACCACCACGCUGAGUUUCAGUCGGGCUAAUAGUGGCGGGAAGAAGAAGUUGGAGCAUGCGUCGCCGAAGCCGGAUAUUGCGAUGCCGGGGGAUACUUCCUCGUUGAGUGCGAGGAAGAGGUUGGAGAACGAGAGUGGUGGUGGGGGGCCAUUUGAGAGCCAGAAGGCGGGGAUCGUAAAUCGUACUUCGAAUCCUGAGGAUAAGAGGAUGCGCCGGUUUGUCCGCGCGCGAGGACAUAUUUCGGAUGAUGGGGGUCAUCAGGCUCACCUUUCGGCCCUAGCCUACAUCACAGAUAGUUACUUUAUUGGAACAGUGUCACGGGUUCAUGAUAUCCCUCGGUUUUCCUCUCCCGAGGAGCUGCAGAAGGUCUUGAACGCUCUCAAGAACCCAUCAGACCUGGACGAUGAGGACAUCGCGCGGGCCCUGAAGGAGCUGAAGGAAGAAGAAACCACGGAACUUCGCCGUCGUCUGGAAGGCGCGCUAAGCAAAGCCAUGGGCAAGCAAGAGGAGCACAAGGAAGUGGGUAUGAUGGUCAGUCUGGACCACUCGAUCUACUUCCACAACCCUUGGGCGUUUCGGGCAGAUGAGUGGAUGCUCAUCGAAAUGGAGAGCCCGUGGGCCGGAGAGGGUCGGGGCUUAGCCAUCCAGAAGAUUUGGUCGAAGGAUGGGGUGUUGGUUGCCACUUGUACGCAGGAGGGAGUCGUGCGGUUAAAACAGGACGAGCCGCCCCGUUCGAAGAUCUAG